UACAGUAGAAGAAAUUCAGGAAGCGAGCAAAAAUCGCAGGAUCUACAUGGACGGAAAGAAAAAAUACAUAUGAAUGUCUGUUGACAUGAGCCGCAGAGGACACUACCGAAAGACGAUAAAUUGCGGCGUGAGGCCCGCUCUCACUUUAAAUACAUUUACAGCUGCUGCUGUGCGAGUAACGACUCGUUCUGAAAGACAACCCCCAGGGUUCUGUCUUGCCAGGGAAUGUGCCUCUUUUGACAACUCAUUUGCCUGUUAUAUGUGAUGUGUUUUCAGAGGAAGACACGGGCUGCAUGUUAAUUCAUGUAUCCGUUUUGACUGUUUCGAUUUUAUUCCUAAGCAGAAACAUUUUGCAUGCCGUACAAAUCAAAAAAAAAAUUGUUAUCGGUCUACAUAUCGGAAUUGAAUUUAUAGCGCGUGUUCCUGAAAACAAGCGACUGUCUGGAUUAAAAUGACCAUGUCCGAGGAGAGGAAUUCAGGGUCCGGCGGGAAAGAGGAGGAGAGCGAGGAUGAGAGUGAAAUCUUGGAAGAAAGCCCUUGCGGCCGUUGGCAGAAGAGAAAGGAGCAGGUGAGUCAGGGUAAUGUCCCCGGCAUGGAGACCGCCUUCUUGGCUAUGGACACCGAGGAGGGGGUGGAGGUGGUGUGGAAUGAAGUGCAAUUCUCUGACAAGAAGGUCUUCAGAAUCCAUGAGGAUCGAAUGAGGGAGAUGUUUGAGAACCUGAUGCGUGUAGACCACCCCAAUAUUGUCAAGUUCCAUAAGUACUGGCUAGACACGAGGGAGAGCCAGAGUCGGGCGAGGGUGAUCUUCAUCACAGAGUACAUGUCAUCAGGUAGUCUCAAGCAGUUCUUAAAGAAAACCAAGAAAAACCACAAGACCAUGAAUGUCAAGGCAUGGAAGAGAUGGUGCACUCAGAUCCUGUCUGCUCUGAGUUACCUGCAUUCCUGCCACCCACCCAUAGUUCACGGCAAUCUGACGUGUGACACCAUCUUUAUCCAGCACAACGGACUCAUCAAGAUUGGCUCAGUGUGGCACAGGCUGUUUGUCAACGUUUUCCCAGAGGCGAUCUAUGGGAAUGUGCAACACCACUGGGACGAUGCAACCAACCAGCACUAUUUUGCUCCGGAAUACGGCUUGGCUGAGGAUGUUUGCUCUAUUGACAUCUAUGCCUUUGGCAUCUGUACCCUGGAGAUGGCAGUCUUGGAGAUUCAGGCCAACGGGGACACUGUGGUAUCCAAAGAGGCUAUAACCAAUGCCGUCCAGUCUUUAGAGGACCCCCUCAUGAAGGAGUUCACCCAGUCGUGUGUGCGCACGGACGCCAAAAAGAGACCCACCGCCCACGACCUGCUGUUCCACAGGGUCCUGUUUGAAGUGCACUCCCUCAAGCUGCUGGCAGCCCACUGCUUCAUCAACUAUCAAUAUCAGCUUCACGAUAACUGCCUGGAGGAGAAGACUAGGACCUUUGACCCAAACGGCGUGAUGGCAGAGAUCCGGCACGGGGACCGGCCCGGGGUGGAGAUCAAGUACUCCAAUGUCUCCCCAUUGGAACUGGACAAAUUCCUGGAGGACGUAAAGAAUGGCAUCUAUCCCUUGAUGAACUUCCAGCGGGGCCUCACCAUGCCUCGGACUCUGUCCAUCUUCCAGGAGCGCAUGGAGACGGUACGGACGCCCAGCCCAGAGCCCCAGGAGACGGAGACGCGAAAGGUUGUCCAAAUGCAUUGUAACUUGGAGUUUAAUGAGGGAGGUACCAGAAGUCAUCUGUCUCUUCUCCUGAAGAUGGAUGACAAGCUCCAGCGACAGCUGAACUGCGACGUGCUGCCCACCGACAGCUCUAAAGACCUGGCCAGUGAACUGGUUCAAUACGCCUUCAUCAGUGAGGAGGACUGUGAGAAGCUGGCAGGAUUUCUGGAGGAUGCCCUCUGCAAGCACUGGGCCAGGCCGCUUUCGGAGGAGUCUUCCCGGGCAUAGUGUUGUUGCACUGCCCUCUGGUGGUCAGCCAAUGCUCAAUAGGGAAUCUGAACCCUAGGAAAAUUAGGUGAACCAAAUCAGAACUACUCAUCUGUGCGGGAAAUCAUGGAAGCAUCAAGAAAAGCAUUCUUGAAACAGAAGGGAGGAAGCCAUCUAUAUUUCCACAAAACGGAGGUGAAGAAUUGAUCCCUCAAUUUCUGCAAAACCGAAGUUGAGGAAUCGUUCUCUAUUUCUACAAAACAGAAGUGCCAACCAACUUGAGCCAUUGGACUGGUGGUAUAGCUAUAUGGUCACUUUAUUGCCUUGGUCUCUCCGUGCACAUGAUGUCAAUUGCUUGGUGUCUCUGCUGAAGGACUUCCUAGAAAGACACAACCUGGACAAAAAGCAGCUACAGAAGGAACACAAAAGCCCUACCGCUGCGUUACAGAGGCUCACUUCUCUUCCUCUUAUGGACUUAAAAUGCCCACGAUUUUCAAGAACAAAUUUGUCCAUAUUGAUGUUUCACUUAUAACAUGUCCCCGGCUCCAUUUUACAUGCACAACACAGCCCAGGAAGUGACCCAUUUCAUAUGUAUGACGAAGAAAAAAGUAUGACGAAGAGGUUAAUGGAUCUCAACCCAAAUGCCAUGGUCACUCGUGGUGGAGCGAUGUGGUGCAAUAAAAUGAAUCGCAAUCCGCUCAUUGACCCCCCAACAAAAUGAUCCUAUUGGGUAAGAUGGGGUAACUGCCCCCCCCCCCCCUAAGAACAAUGUCUUAUUGCAGACACAAAAUGUUGGGGGGGGGGGGUAUGUGCAUGAUGAUUUGGCUUAGGAGAAAAAACUAUAAGGGAACCAAAUGGAUGCAAUUUAUACUUUUUUAGAUAAUUGAUGACAUUUUGUUUUUCGAAAAUAUAUAUUUUUUUGUACUGGGUUAACUGGCCCCCCAAUAAUAAUACAAUAAACCAUAGGUUGUACUGGAACAUAGGUAAAAUGCUUUAAUCUGACUGGAGCCAUUAGUGGAGCAGUGAAACAGUACUCAUGAACUGUUACAUCCAUGUCUAUGGCACUAGUCACCCCAGUAGGGUUUUGCAUAUUAAAAUCAAUUUGGUCUGUUUCAUGCGUAUAUGUUUUGUAAAUAAUACAAAUUUUAGUUAGCAAGCACAAACUGAGCUUGAGAUAGUACAAAUGCCAUGCAUAAACAUAAAGGGCGUAAUUAGCCCCUGGAAGCCAGUUACCCCUUAUAGAAGGAGGCCAGUUACCCCAAACACGCUCAUCCAACAUAUUACUACUUUAUUCAGAAAGUAUUCAACGUUUUCUCUCUUAACACGUGGAUUCUUUAUCUGAAGGCUUUGCUAUUUGUAGAAAACUUUUUUUUGUAGAUCUAACAUAAUUGAAACAUAUCUGGAAAUCUGAAAAAAAUGUUUUAUCAACUUACAUCAGUGUUGGUCAAAAAAUUGGGUCCCACCUUGUGGGAUUUUUGUGAAUUACAUGGUGGGGGGGGGGCAGUUACCCCAGGGGGCUGUAUGUCGGCUACUUCACAUGAUGUUGAGGUCAAAACUGAAGUUAACCUCAAAAUAUUAUAAUUCACAUCAUAUUCACCAGUCAACGGCAUAACCACGGCUAGAAGCAAAAUCUACAAAUAGCCUUUUGUCCACUGGGUUGAUAACCAUAAAGCUAAAAAUUCCUUUUCUACUGUUUGUUUGGUUUUGACCUAGCACAUUACAAAAGACCUUCAGUAUUAUAUAUUCAACCAACACGUCAAUGCAUCUGGAAGUUCUUCUGUUUUUAACUGGAGACAAUAGUCAUCCAAAAGUCCCCAACAGACAGAUCUCACAAGUGUCUGGUGUCCUUGCAAUGACUUUCACUGGAAAUAACUAAAUGGUAAUUUUUUUAGGGCUAUGAGUCUUAAAAUCUGGAACGGGACACUCUCACUCUGUGGUCUAAUCCGAUUAUAACAAAGGGUUUAUGUUUUCAUAUGGGAAUAUUAAUCUGGGUGUCUCGCAUUCGCUGAAAGGUCAAGAUUGUGUUUCUUCUAACUUGCUUUUAAUCAGAUUAAAUAUGGGAGUUCAGUUGCUUAAAUUAUUUACCUCAGAGCUUUGACUGUUGACUGUAGAGUUCAUUCUGUAUAAUUUACAUACUUCCGGUAGCCGGUUUCGAAGACAGAUUUAGCCUAUAGUCCUGCAAUAAAAAACUCCAGGUCAGUAGAGAUUUUCCGUGGAGUUUGACAUUUUCUCCGUGAUCCAGGACUACACUAAAUCACAUUCUGCUGCAAUAGAGCCCAAGUGCCUCCCCAUACACUAGUGUUACAAAAUCAAACUUGAUUUCUACUUUUGUUGCUAUUAAACUCCCUGGCUACAUGGAACAUGCUUGAGCCUUAGGCCUCAAGCCAGCAUUCCUUCAACAUACUUGAUUGUAUUAAGUAUCCAAUAUAUUUGUAAACCACACUGACAGUUCUCUAACAGGAUAAUUUGAGUUUUGUUAAAUAUGAUCCGUUACUUACGUUGUAGCCUAUUAUCUACUUGACUACAAACUGGUUGGUUUGAGACCGUAUACCACGGCUAUGAAAAUAACUUUUUACUCUUGUAAUCACGUUGGUUUAUAAUAACAACAAAGCAUCUCAGGGGUUCGCGGAGUAUUGCCGAUGUAACACCAAUGAGAGCUAUCCAGGCACUGAGAUGUGUUGUGUACAAACAGAUCAGAACAGCAGUUUGCCGUGGCACAUCGGCCACUCCCCGGGUGCUCUGAACUAUAACGCUGGCAUGAAGAAUGUUAAACAACUUGAUCGUACUAAUAUUUAUUGGUAGUCUGUUGCCAAAGCUGCAUGGUUAAUACAUGGGUUGGUGUAUGAGGUCGAGCAUGUCUCGUCCACUCCGUUAAGAGGUGGCUGAGUUGCAUUAUGCUUGCUAAAAUUCAAGUUGAGCGCAUCGCUAACCAUCCAAAAUGUCACUGUGAUUAGCAUGAUGUCUUUCUGAAAUAAAUGGUUGUGUAGGCUACACAUUUCAACACCACACACAACGUAAUCGUUAUUUUUCAAAUACACUUGCAUGUACAUGAAUUUGACUCGGUAAACCAAAGGAAAAGGGUACAGACAAAAUAUUGUGAAGCAAUCGUUAACACAAUCUGCAAACACACGUACACUUGGCACUGAUGGAUUUAUGUCUAAAACAUCCAUAGGUCGAUAAAUGAUCUUUCUGGUGAAAUUUGAAAGGUCGUUCCAUUCGCUCCAUACAGUGUGACAGUGGCUGUAGCCUACCAUGAGAAAAAACGUACAAAUGUAUUUGAGUCUGUGUAGUCAAAUUACAGCAGAUUAAACCCCUUGUACCGAA